AUCCAUUUGAAGAGCCUUUGUCAGUGGCCAUGAGUGUGAGAGAUUCGCUGGUUAGUCCUCUAAGAGCAGCCUGUCUCAGAGGACGCCUUUUGUAACCCAUGGCUGCUUCCUUGUUCUGUGUACAGAGGUGCGGGUGGAUCUCAUUGCCCAGGGCGAUCAGUAGAACAAGAAACUGGAGGACUCUAACAGCUUUUCAUUUGCACACCACUUCUGGAAAAAUGCAGUCAAGUCAGGAAAACUUUGAAAAAGCGCAAAGCAGUCUGAAAUUGUUAAAAAAUGAUCCUGGCAACGAUGUCAAGCUGAAGCUGUAUGCAUUGUUCAAACAGGCGACACACGGUCCUUGUAAUACUCCUAAACCAGGUAUGUUGGACUUCGUGAACAAAGCCAAAUGGGAUGCAUGGAAGUCUUUAGGAACCGUAAGCAAGGAAAAUGCCAGGCAAUCCUAUAUUGAUGUUGUUUCCAGUCUGGUAUCUUCUGAAUCCUCUACAAAUGAUAAAACAUUGCCCGGCACUGGUCGUCAGAAAUUUGAAACACUCCAGGUUUUACAUGAAGACAAUAUGACUAAAAUAAUUUUAAACCGGCCUGAAAAGAAAAAUGCCAUUACUCUACUGAUGUAUAAGGAAAUUGGCCAGGCCUUAGAAGAAGCUGGAAAAGAUGAAUCUACUAUAACUGUCUUAACGGGACGUGGUGAUUAUUUCUGCAGUGGCAAUGAUUUAAACAACUUUGCUAGUAUUCCUCCAGAGGGAAAAGAAAAGAUGGCUAGCGAUGCAGCUGUGAUUCUUGAGGCGUUUAUCAGUAAAAUCAUUGAUUUCCCUAAGCCUCUCAUCGGCGUAAUAAAUGGGCCAGCAGUUGGGAUCUCCGUGACAAUCUUGGGUUUGUUUGACAUUGUAUAUGCCACAGACAGGGCUACUUUUCAUACACCUUUUAGUCAAUUAGGACAAAGUCCAGAAGGCUGUUCUUCGUACACAUUCCCACGUAUAAUGGGUUUAGCCAAGGCUACGGAAAUGCUGCUUUUCAACAAACUUCUAACUGCAAAAACCGCUUGCGAUGUGGGCUUGGUUACUGAGGUUUUCCCUGAUGGCACUUUCCAGCGUGAAGUUUGGACAAGGCUGCAAGCAUAUGCUAAGCUCCCGAAAAAUUCUUUAGCUUAUUCCAAGCAACUGAUUCGUGAGAUUGAAAAAGAGAAGCUUCAUGCUGUGAAUAUUCAGGAAUGUGAACGUCUUAAGGAACGCUGGCUAUCAGAAGAAUGCAUGAAUGCAAUUAUUAGCUUCUUUCAAAGUAAAGCAAAGCUGUGACAUGUUGGUUUUAAAUUGUAUUAAAUAAUUACCUGCUACUACUUAUAUAACUAAUUACAAUAAAGUUAAUGUAAAAAAAUAUCCAGAAAUUGCAUUGGAUGUUGGUUUUGGGAAUUAUUCUUUUGGGUUUAAAGGAUUACUAAAGUGAGAAAUUCAAACUGGAGAUUCCAGCUCAGCUACGUUUGGCCUUAAAUUUGAAGUUUACUUUGAAUCCUCUUUGGAUUCCUGACCGUUUUCUCUUUAGUAAAUAACACUGAAAGGGUAAAUACCCUUGCUGUGACUAUAUCCAAGUUAGAGAAAGAUUUGCUAAAAUGUGAAUUGUGGGAAAUCACAGACUUAAAGAUCCAUUAUAUACACCAAAACCACGUCAUUUGUUUAAUAAAAAGGAACUUUAGUU